AUGCUAUGCCCCGCUCUGGGUGGGAAUGUAUGGAUGCUUGGCCGAUCCACUUACUUCAAGGUCAUUGGUCCUGAUGACAUCGGCCUCGCUGGCCCCAUUAGCGAGACGUGGGUUCUUCCGUCAAACAUUCCAUCACCACUUCGCCCAAGUAGCCAACCUGAUCCCAUGCAGACUGAUUUUCAGGAUGGACUCCAUCAGGAUAUUGCUACUAUUCAGCAGACUAUGACUGGUCUCCGCUUCGAUUAUCAACUUUAUAGCACUCAGGUUUCAGAAUAUCGUGACGAGGUCUUAGGUUAA